AUGUGCAAAGAUGUAUACUAUUGUCUAGACGGCCAAACAUUGUGUCAAGGAUUUGCCACAUUGCAAAACGAUUGUGAUUCUCAUGAAUUUCUUGAGUAUCUUCAUGACAAAAAGAAAGUAACUGUGUAUGUGGACCAUAUGCAUGAACCCCUGUUUGACUGGAUUGAAAUGGAAGAGCCUGAAGUUGAAGAUGAUACCAACUCCAACGAAGAUGAAGUUGAUGUAAUAGGUAAAGAGGGUUGGGAACACGAGAUGGAUGAUGAGGAGUUUUCUAUGAAAAGGGAAAGAGCAAGUAUUCAAAGUAUGCAGAAGAAAGACAUGUUUUUGAACAAACUUUGCCCAAAUGAUGAAGAGGAAGAAGAUCCUACUGCUGAGCAACUACCUCCUGUAUACCCUGUGCACAAUUCUGAGCAACAAUGGGAUCAAAUGGCUCCUGUGUUAGGUAUGAAAUUCACCAAUCCUAGUGAACUCAAACAUUGUCUUACCAACUAUGCUGUUAAGCAUGGUUAUGAUUUGUGGUAUGAAAAUAAUGAUAAAAACAGACUUCUAGUGAAGUGUUGCAAAGGUAAAGAACCUACAUGUCUUUUUAGGUUAUGGGCUUCUUGGAUGCAAGAGGAAAGGACUUUUCAUAUCAAGUCACUUAAAUCAACUCAUAAUUGUGGUAGAGUUUUUAAAAUAGGCUUAGUGACUUACAAGUGGGUAGGGAAACAAUUUUUCAAUGUACUUAUAAAAAACCCCAAGCUUAGUUUGAGGAAGAUGAAAGCUCAAAUCUCAAACACAUACAACAUCAUAGUUAGCAUUGGACAAUGUAGAAAUGCAAAAAAGUUUGCAUUGUCUGAGAUUGAAGGCACUCUGAAAGAGCAUUAUAGUAGGUUGUGGGACUAUGACAUUAAAAUCAAAAGAGCUAAUCCAGGAUCAACUGUAAGCAUGGAAGUGGACAAUAUGCUUGAUGGAAGUACAAUGUUCAAACGGUUCUAUGUAUGCUUCAGAGGUGUAAAAGAUGGUUGGGUAGAGGGGUGUAGAAGAGUCAUUGGGAUUGAUGGAUGCUUUCUCAAAGGAAUUUGCAAGGGUGAACUCUUAGCUGUAGGUUUAAUUGAAGCUAUCAAGGAAAGGGUUCCUGAUGCUGACCACAGAUUAUGUGCUAGGCACAUACUAGCCAACUUCAACACAAGGUUCAAAGGUGAGCAUUUUAUCAAGCCUUUUUGGAAGGCUGUGAAGGCUACCACAAAACAAAAACAUGAAGCUGCUAUGAAAGAGAUCAAGGAAUUAGAUAGUAGGGCAUUUGAUUAUCUCAUGGAGAGGGACCCUAAAUGUCAUUGUAGGGAUUUUCAAGUAGAAGGGGUAUUCUGUGAUGCUAUUGAAAAUGGAAUUUCAAAGAGUUUUAAUGUUGAAAUAGUUGAGGCUAGACAUAAACCAAUAAUAGCAAUGUUGGAGGAUAUCAGGGUUUAUGUGAUGCAGAGGUUAUACUAUCAGAGGACUAAGGGAGAGUCUUGGGAUUUAACUAUAUGCCCAUCCAUUAGGAAGAAAAUAUCUGAUUUGAAGGACAAACAGAGAUUCUGGGCAGUGUACCCUUGUGGAUAUCAACAAUUUGAGGUUGUGUUAUGUAAUGAUAGGUAUACAGUUGACCUGAUCAGAAGGACUUGUGGAUGUAGGGGAUGGCAGUUGACUGGCAUACCUUGUGUAAAUGGAGUGGCUGCAAUUUCAUCCAUGAACUUGAACUCAGAGGAUUAUGUAGCUAGUUGUUACAGUAAGGCAACUUAUCUUAACUGCUAUAAAUAUAUUAUUCAUCCUUUGAAUGAUAGCUCUCUCUGGACACAAAGUGACUACACAAAGCCUUUACCCCCAAAGAGUAGAAGGCUACCUGGAAGGCCAUCUACUAAGAGGAGAAAAAGUGCAGCAGAAAGGGAGAUAUCAAGCACACACACAAUAUCAAGAGUAAAGCAGGUGCAAAAGUGUUCAAUCUGCUAUGUUAGUGGGCAUAACAAAAAAGGGUGCCCAACAAAAAAAAAUCCAACCACAGGUGAUCCGGAUCCAGCAUCUUCAACUCCAGCUCCAAUUCCAACUCCAAGAUCAACUCCAAUUCCAACUCCAAUUCCAACUUCAACUCCAAUUCCAACUCCAAGAUCCACCCCAAUUCUAUCUCCAGCUCCAAUUCCAACUCCAAGAUCCACCCCAAUUCCAACUCCAACUCCAAUUCCAACUUCUGCAAAUCCACAUCCAACUCCAAGAUCCACUCCUGCAACUCCAAAACAAAUGCAAAGAUCUACUUCUACAAGACCAUUUUGUAGAGCAGUUCAAGUGAGGAAGAGGAAAGCUUCUGAAAGAAUCACCAAGCAGUGCCUGAGGAAAAAAGUGGUGACCAAGGAUGGUAGUGGUUGUAGCUUAGGGAAACCUAUAGAUCUAGGUUGA